GCGUGGAUCCCUCCCGGCCUGCGUCGUCGCCCACCCAGGUGCUGGGGGCCAGCGGCCUGACUUGCCCCUCACAAGGCCCCCUCCUGCCCAGCGGGACCGCCGAGGGCGCUCUCCGCCGCCUGGGCUUCGCCUGCCGCCCCGAGUUGGCCGGGCAAGAUGGCCGCCGCCCGCGAGGUGGGGCGCACCGCGCCGCGGGGAUGCCUGGGAGUUGUAGUCCAGGCCGGCGCGCUGACGCACUUCGCCGCGGGCCGACGGGCGCCAUUGUGCGCUGUGCGCGGGGACUCUGCCCACUCCCACGAGACACGUUGAGGAAGAGGAAGGUAUGGCCACCGGGCUUCCGACGGCCUGGUUCCGUGAACCAGUGACCUUUGAAGAUGUGACCCUGGGUUUUACCCCGGAUGAGUGGGGAAUGCUGGACCUCGAACAGAAGUCCCUGUACAGGGAGGUGUUGCUGGAGAACUACAGGAACCUUGUCUCAGUGGAGCAUCAGCUUUCCAAGCCAGAUGUGGUAUCUCAGUUAGAGGAGGAGGAAGAGCUCUGGUCCGUGGAGAGAGGAAUUCCUCGAGACACCUUUUCAGAGUGUCCUGAGGCUCCGUUGGGCCCUCAGUUCCAUCCUUUUCCUGCUGGGAAUCCCCUGAUGAAGAUCGAGGUUGUUGAAAUCCUCACACUGAACGAGGAGGUGGCUCUUCCCCGGAACGCCCAGAUCCGCGCCCUCUAUGCUGAAGAUGAGGGCCUGAGCUCAGACAUCCUCAGGGAGCCCACUCAACAUCUGGAUAAGCAUCUCACUGACCCUGAGACCGCUCGCCAGAGGUUCCGGGGGUUCCGCUUUGAGGAGGUGGCGGGUCCCCGCGAGGCGCUGGCCCGGCUCCGGGAGCUGUGCCGCCAGUGGCUGCGGCCCGAGGCGCACUCCAGGGAGCAGAUGCUGGAGCUGCUGGUGCUGGAGCAGUUCCUGGGCGCGCUGCCCGGGAAGCUCCGGGUGUGGGUGGAGUCGCAGCACCCGGUGGGCUGCCAGGAGGCGGUGGCCCUGGUGGAAGAUGUGGCCUGGAUCUCUGAGGAGGACGCACCGCCCACCCAGGGCCCCACCAGCUCUCUCCAGACCACAGCUCAGCAGGAGGAGGACGUGGCCACCAGGCUGGCGAAGGCACUGCCUGAGGAACCGGUGACCUUCCUGGACGUGGCUGUGGACUUCAGCAGGGAGGAGUGGGGGCUGCUGGACCCGACACAGAGGACCGAGUACCACGACGUGAUGCUGGAGACCUUUGGACACCUGGUCUCUGUGGGGUGGGAGACUACUCUGGAAAGCAAACAGUUAACUCCAAACCCCAACACGCCCGAGGAAGAGCCAGCCUGCCACCUGAAAGUGGAGGAAUUCUCGAGGGAUGACGCCCAGCCCUCUACCUCAGGAGACACCUUGCAGGCUGGGGCCCCGGAGGUCUCGGACACAGCGCUGAAACCAGUAGUGCUCACUCAGGAAAAAACCCUCCCUCAGAAGCCACCCGGUGAAAGCCCCAAACCCCAGGCAAGCACAGGUCCCGCCACAAGCCACAUCUCCCUUCAGAAGAUCAUUUCUAGAAAACGCUUGCGCAAGCGUGACCCCAGGGUCAAAAAGAUGACACACAACCCCUGUGUAAAACUUCAUCAGAAGAGCUGCAGCAGGGCAAAGGACCAGGAGAGCGGGAGCUGUGGGAGGGCCUUACCCCGGAGCACUCAGCAGAUCACGUUUACGCGAAUUCACAAAGGGAGUCAGGUGUGCCGAUGCAGCGAAUGUGGGAAAACCUUCCGGAACCCCAGGUACUUCUCCGUGCAUAAAAAGAUCCACACGGGAGAGAAGCCCUACGUGUGUCCGGACUGUGGGAAGGCAUUCGUGCAGAGCUCCUCCCUCACGCAGCAUCAGAGGGUUCACACUGGGGAGAGACCCUUCGAGUGUCACGAGUGUGGAAGGACUUUCAACGACCGCUCGGCCAUCUCCCAACACCUGCGGACUCACACCGGGGCCAAGCCCUACCCAUGUCAGGACUGUGGCAAAGCCUUCCUGGGGGCCAAGGCACUUGUUGUACACAAGAGAACACACACAGGAGAAAAGCCAUAUGAAUGUACUCGGUGUGGGAAGUCUUUCAGCCAGAGCUAUGACCUGGUUGUACACCAAAGAACUCACACUGGAGAAAAGCCCUAUGAAUGCAGCCAGUGUGGGAAAUCCUUCACCCAAAGUUCCAAACUUAUUAGGCAUCAACGAACUCACACUGGAGAAAAACCAUAUAAAUGUCAUGAAUGUGGAAAAUCUUUCAGGUGGAACUCUAACCUUACUGUUCAUCAAAGAAUUCAUACUGGAGAGAAACCUUAUGAGUGUGCUCAUUGUGGAAAGUCCUUCAGUCAAAGCUCUGACUUUGUUGCACAUAAAAGGACUCACACUGGAGAGAAACCCUAUAAAUGUAAUCAGUGUGGAAAAUCUUUCGUUCGAAGCACUCAGCUUAUUAGGCAUCUGCGAAUUCACACUGGAGAGAAGCCAUAUAAAUGCGAUCAGUGUGACAAAGCCUUCACUGGGAGCUCUCACCUUAUUGAACAUCAGAGAACUCAUACUGGAGAGAAACCGUUUGAAUGUAAUCAGUGUGGGAAAGGCUUCACUGGGAGCUCUCACCUUCUUUCACAUCAGAGAAUUCAUUCUGGAGAGAAACCGUAUGAGUGUAAUGACUGUGGGAAAGCUUUUCGGCAGCGAUCUCAGCUUGUUGUGCAUCAGCGAACACAUACUGGAGAGAAACCUUAUGAAUGUCGUCAUUGUGGAAAAGCAUUCAGCCAGAGGUCUCCCCUCAUUGUGCAUCAGAGAAUACACAUUGGAGAGAAGCCCUAUCAGUGUAACAUGUGUGCUAAAGCCUUCAGUCAGAGGUCACGCCUUAUUGAACAUCAGAGAACACAUACUGGAGAAAAACCCUAUGAAUGCAUGGACUGUGGGAAAGCCUUCAAUGAUCGAUCAACCCUUACAAAACACGAGAGAACACACACUGGGGAAAAACCCUAUGAAUGUAAUCAUUGUGAAAAGGCCUUCAGCCAGCGGUGUCAACUUACUAGGCAUCAGAGCAUCCAUACUGGAGAGAAACCCUAUGAAUGUAAUGAGUGUGGAAAAGCUUUCAGUUAUAGUACAUCCCUUACUCAACAUGGGAGGAUCCACACGGGUGAGCGGCCGUACGCGUGCAAGGAGUGCGGCAAGGCCUUCAGCCAGAACUCCUCGCUGGUGCAGCACGAGCGCAUCCACACGGGCCACAAGCCCUACAAGUGCGCGGACUGCGGCAAGUCGUUCUGCCACAGCACGCACCUCACGGUGCACCGGAGGAUCCACACCGGGGAGAAGCCCUAUGCGUGCCAGGACUGCGGGCGGGCCUUCAACCAGAACUCGUCCCUGGGCCGCCACCGGCGCACGCACACCGGGGAGAAGCCGUUCACCUGCAGCGUGUGCGGCAAGGCCUUCUCGCGCACCACGUGCCUGUUCCUGCAUCUGAGGACGCACACGGCCGAGAGGCCCUACGAGUGCAGCCGCUGCGGCAAGGGCUUCCGGCACAGCUCGUCCCUGGCGCAGCACCAGCGCAAGCACGCCGGCGAGGGCCCCUACGACUGCCGCCAGAGGCUGGCCUUCGAGCCCACGCCGGCGUGGCCGGAGCCCGUGACCCCUGGGGAGGGGGCUCCCCGCAGCGACAGGCCCUUCAGGUGCGGCCAGUGCGGCAAGGGUUUCACGCAGAGCUCGCACCUCAUCCGACACCAGAUAACGCACACCAGGGAGGAUCCCCGAGGCCGGGGCCGGCGGCGCUCGCAGCCCUGCGCCCGGAGCCCGCACCUCGGGCGGCACCAGCUCGGGCCCACGGGUGAGAGCCCUGGGGCCGGGACGAAGGCAGGGCAGCCGGCAGGCCGGGCACUGGCCCUGUUUGACAUCCACGAAAUCAUGCAAGAGAAAAACCCAGUGCAUGUUAUUGGGGUGGAAGAGCCUUCUGUGGGCACGUCCGUGUUGUUUGACAUCAGAGAAUCCACCUAGGGGAGAAACUCUGCGGAUGACUUUUGAACCACAGGUACAAAAACGUGUCUUUUAUAUAUUGGGGGAAACAAACAACGGGAUAACCUAAAUUUUGUCUCCGUCCCAAGCCUUCCCGUCAGACCCUCCUUGGCCUGGUGGAGUGACUUCUGACUUGGCGUCAGGUCACCAAGCUGUGCUGAGGGGCCGUGUGAAUGGUGUGACUCACUGCUCCGUUCUCUGCCCCAUCUCAAGCACGCCUCCCCAUCUUGCUGGGGUCUCUGCCGGAAGACCUUCGGAAGACCUUUCAGCUGUCAGUGCCCAGGAAAGAGAGACGUCUGAGAAAAUGGUUUAUUUGUAUACGAUGCAGACCAUUCUAACAUGACCAUUUUCAUGUCCACAAUUGGAAACUUCGUCUGGAUCAUCUUUUUGCUUUCCUCCAACUUUACUCCUCAGGAAAGCAAAGCCUUGUGACCUUUGUCUAUGCUGUUCUUGACAUAAAGAAGAACAUUGUGUUCGAGAUGUGAUCCUUGGUAUCUUAUAGCAGAAAGGAUGUAAAAACCAAGGAUUUUCACCUGCCUGCUUUCUAACCUACAGUGAAGGAGCGAAAUGCCCAUCCCACCGGGACACUAUGUCGUGUGCUCCAGUUACACAGCACGGUUGCCUUUUUUGGUUUGUUUGUUGUUCCCACUGCAGCUGAGUUCCAGUGAAGUUAAACACAAACCAUAAACAUCAAGAAUUGGAAGGAAGGAAAAUUGGUUAUGGCACAUCUCAGCUUGUGGAAAUUGUUCCUAAAAAUAUCCACAGAAUGUUGGCUUGGCAGAGCGUCAAGUUGAACGGAGGAAGUAUCAUCGUGGAAGGAUACAGCGGCCAGGAUACAACCUCUGGCAGGAUGACUGAGCCUCCGAACUCUCACUGUCGAGACGCGAUGCUCGAGGGCCAGAACUUUCUCGUGUCCAUUUCUGUCCUUCGGGUGCUGUGGGUGUCACAGCCAGUGGGGUUUCCAUCCCAGCAGAGCUGGCCUCCAGGACGCUCAGAGCCCGCCUCACCGCUCAUCUCCAGAGGCUCCACAAGAGCCCUUGAAGCCUCGUGUUUGCGUCUCUGCGCUCACCUGUCCUCUGGGCUUGUCCUCAUGGCCUUCCCUUGUCGGCUCUCACUGUCUCAACCCCUCUGUCCUCAUGGCUUAGUCUGCACCACCUGCCACUUCGUUCUUAGCAAAUAACCUUCUAUUUCCAUGGCUCAGAAAAGGUGUGUUUUCAGACAGGCAGUGCCUCACAGUUGUGUGAGGUGGUGCCAUUUUACACGCGAGGAAAAUGGGGCACAGGACAAAAGCGGCCGUGGCCAGCUCGCACGGCUAGGAGCCAGAACCUGAAGUCAGCAUCCCGUCGACAAUGUCUUAAACAGAUGAGGCUGUGUCCUCAGGGCCUCAGCUACGUCACACGCAGUGUUUUCUCUCCCACCCCGUCCCUCCUCGUCGCAGGGAGACCGCUGCGGCCUCAGCGGUUGGUCCACAGUCAGGACUGGAGGACGGCGGGAUUGGCAGGCCUACGUUCAUGUCUCCAGUGAGGUUUCAAAGAAAAGCCUUUCCCCGAAGCUUCCCGCCGGCGCUCCUUAUGUCUCCCUGGCCAAGCCUGGGUCACAGGGCGCUGCCUAACGACGAGGGCGCUUGGAAAGCUAGUGUUCAGCUGCUCUAACCUCUGUGGCUGGGACUGCACCAGAAGGGUGUCUCGGGAAGCAGGUAAUGGAUAGGCAGCUGGCAGCACCCUCAGCCCUCCUCCUCCAGUCUCUUGGAGGACUCGCCGGUGCUCCCCACUUCCUGAUCAGAUGCCGCCACCGCCUCUCAGCUCCGCCUCUUCAUCCCCUGGAUUGUUCAGCCUGCCGGCCAGGCCCCCUUGCCCAUAAUGCUGGGUCCCCUGGCAUUCUGGAACACCCCACUCUUCCAGAUCCCUUCUACCUCUCGAGGGGCUUCUUGCCCUCCCCUCCCCUCCCCUCUUAAAUGUUGGGGUCCCUGGGGUGUGGUCCCGGAGGCCCAUUGCAUGCUCCGCUCACUCCCAGAUGUCCUCGUCCACACCCGUGGCUUUGUGCUGCUCACUGCCACAUCUUGGUCUCUGAGCUUCGGGCUAGAACAGCAGCUGCAUGCUGCUGGACAGCUCCCCUAGAUGUCCUGCAAAGUCCCAAAACACAGCCUACCUGGAGGGAAAGGCCAUUUUCCAGGCCAAACCUGUUCCUUCUCCCCUGGGCCCUCUCACGGGGAUGGUUGCCACCCCCCACCCCAUCCCUCAAGCCAGAAGAUAGAUAUCCUGUUGGUUUUACCAUCUAAACAUCUCAGCUCUCUUCAUUCCAUUCCAUUCCCUCUGCCACCACUGGUGCAGGAUGGCCACGAGAGGGGGAGUGACAUGACACCAAGUGGCCUGGCCACCAGAGCCCUCCCCACUUUUGACUUUACCUCCUCACGGCCCCACCAGUGGUGUGGGGUGCAGACUCGGAAUGCUCCCACUGCCAGUGUGCUCUGAGGAGGGGAGACCCCGCGGUGACUUCACAGCUCUGGACAGCUUGGAAUCCAGGCCUGCGAUGGCCCCGUUCCCUCCGCCUUGGCCCGAAAAAUGGGAGCUGCCGAAGGGUCAUGUUUCCACAGUUCUCCGAGUGGACGCUGGGUGGGCUGAGGCUACGGUAGCCUCACCAGGUAAGCCUGGGACAAGCUUGUCACAGUUCCCACUUGCUGCCCUCUCCUGUGCACUGCAGAUCUUUGGGAAUUCUCCAUUUCUCUUUUUGGGUCACGUUUUCUGGGCAUCAUAUUCCUACUAAUUUCCUUACAGAUGCUUUGAAACCAAGUUAGAUGAGAAACUCCUCAGGGGAAAUUACUAUAAACUAGGGAAAAUAUAUGGUUAUAUCAGUUUGUCAAAGUAAUGCAAAUUCUUUGUAGCAAAACCUGUAAAAUGCACAAAAGUAAAAUACACAUAAGUAUGGAGGUUUAUUUAAAAUUUAAUUCCUCAUACUUCCACCAUCCAGAGAUUGUCAUUACCUUAAGAUUUUGUUAAUUUUCCUUGUAAUUUUUUUCUUGAAAUAUACAUGUGUGUAUACAUAGCGUGAACAUUAAAUCUUAUACACACAACAGAAAUAUUUAUGUGUAGUUAUCUUGUGUUUAGAAAAUUAGAAUCCCUUCUGUUUCUCUUGUAACAUGUACUUCUUACUCUAUCUUGAACAUUUUCCUCUGAAAAUGGAUUUCAUGUAGCUUUUUAAAUUACCUUUCAGGAGGAUUGUAACAAUGUGACCUCCACCCAGCAUCUUACCAGCCUUGACUUUUAUCCAAAAGGGGGAGGAGGGAUUCAUACACAUUUCUGAAGGAGUAUGAAUUGAUACAGCCUCUGUGAAGGGCACUUUGUUGGUUGCUGUCUAAAUUACAAACACUUUGUCUCAGCAAGCCAGUUGCUGAUAAUGAAUCCUACGGAUAUAUUUGUACCCGUGCAAACUGUUUGUAUGUAGUUUUAACCAUGGUAUUGAUCUCAAAAGUGAAAAUUUGGAAACAACCUCAUUGUCUACCACAUGGAACUGGCUAAGUGAUUUAUGGUGGACUGGCUGGCUUUUACACAGCCCUUAAAAUGGGGACUGUCUUUAUGAACUGUGGAAAAGAGCACCAAGAUUGUUAAGUGAAAAGGUAUAAAACAGUUUGUAUGGUAUGUUUCCAUUUGUGUAAAGAAGCCAUUGCUUAUGCACACACACACACACACACACACACACACUAUAUCUGAAGGGUACAGAGUGAACAUACAUACUACUAUAUAUACUACUUGCUCUUGGGGAGGAGAAGUGAGGGGAAAAGGAUAAGGAAGAAUUUUCACUCUAUCUUUUGAUAUUUUUGAAAUUUUGAAACAUGUAAAAGUAUUAC